GUCGUCUGCUUGUCACUAAUCGCUGGAUGGAAGUGGAAGCGUUUGUUUCGCAAAAGUUAGUUUAUGAAAGUGCAAAAUAAUUUCAACGUGGUCGCUAUGUGCGGAAAAUAAUGGAGUACUCUCAUAAUUGUUGCAAGCGAAAAUAAAAAAAGCAAGCGAAAUAGUCGAACGGACAAGCAAACCAUUGGUGGGUGGCAGAUUGCUAGCGUUAGGGGACAAGAAAAGUUCGUGUGUCGUUUUCUCUUUGGUCACCGGUAUGUCGAUAUCAUCGCUCCUUGGUCGCGUCAAGCAGUAUCUGGAAGAUCGUAAGCGAAAAAGAGACGAACCGUCAGAAGCAUCAACAACCUUUGCCAAAUAUCGUCGAGUGGCCGAUGAUUUUCCCGUAAUUAUUUCAACGCCGCUAAGUAAUGAUCUGCACUCCAAGUCUGAGUCAAUUUCCGAUCGGUUAAAGCAAAACCAGUAUAUUCGCAAAUCAAUGGCGAGUGCUGAGGAAAGUCGCGAGAAUCAACGGCAGAGUGCCUAUUUUGGAGGGCUCGGUACCGGUAAAACGCGACUUGAGUUUGCGGAUAUUGAAUUUUCCGAUGAUGAAGAUGAGCUGGACUGGAUCAACCGUCAGCACCGAGAUAGCAACAAAACUGCAAAUUCGGCUGCAAACAUGCGACGUCCGCCACCGUUGGCCAAGCUUAAACCAUUAAAUGCACCAAUUCCUUCUCUAUUUCCUAUCCGGUCACAAAUGGUCAAUGGAAAUUCCAGCCGACAACAGCAGCCGGAAACGUUUAAAAAACCAUUCGCCUUUAAAGCUCAGCAGCAGCAACAGCAACAAACGAAACGUAAUUCGAUUGUAGCACAAGCAUACAAUUACGAUGAGAUGAACAACUACCGGGCACUGUUGAAGCGGUUAUUACCAAACUUGUACUCACCGGAAGAACCGGCCAAAACUGCGGCUGCCGCCACAACAAGCUCACGGAAAAACUCUCUGCUCGCAGCGGAUGAUUUCAAUUUUUCGUCCUCCACAGUGCUCAAUGCUAGCCAUGCAGCAGCAUACGAAGCUCCCCAGAGGGCCGGACCGUCGGGCACGGUCCGAUCGAUUCCGGUGAUUGAUCUAUCGAUGGAGGAGAGUGACUCCGAGGGAAGGAAAAAGCGCACAAGUCUCUUCACGACCGUCGAUCUGUCGCAGUAUGAUAUGCCUCACGAAGAGCCAGUUGUUGCAACGCCAGCUAUCGAUCCAAUUAAUACGCUUCGCGAGAAACUCCAGACGAACAGUAAAUUCCGUGAUGACAUUGUUGAAAGCGUCCAGCGGAAAUACAGUAGCUCCUCUAGCAAGAUAAGGUCGCAGAUCGAACAGGAACGCGAAACCAAUCGUUUCAAUCCACUACUCGACGGUGCUCGAGCUCAGAUGCACUACAACAGUAAACACUUUCCUCCCGAUUUCAGCUUGAAGGAGUUAAAGAAAAACACCGAGCAAUAUGAGGGAACAUUCGAGCGCAGGCUGGGCGAUUUUAUGCUUAAGUUCGACACGAUCGUUCUGGACGAAGAAGAGCCAGAGGAAGAGGAAGCUUAUCCGGAGCUAACCGACGAGCAUCAUGCUAUAAUCAAACGUGCCCUGUACGGAGGACCAAGCUCGGAGGUAAUUUUAAGCAAAUUCAACAUUAGCAUUACCCGCAACGAUUUGGCUACGCUCAUCGGAGACAACUGGCUAAAUGACGAGGUCAUCAACUUUUACAUGAAUCUACUGAUUGAGCGAAGCGAACAGCACGCCGACGACGGAUCGCCACGUGUGUACGCUAUGAACACCUUCUUCAUACCGAAACUUUUCGCUUCCGGUCACGCUGGCCUAAAGCGGUGGACGAGAAAAGUGGAUAUUUUCUCGUACGACAUUAUUCCGAUACCGGUGCACGUCGGGCGGGUGCACUGGUGUAUGGCCAUUAUCGACCUUAAAAAUCAAUCAAUCCGUUACUAUGAUUCUAUGGGCACCCCGAAUAAGCCGGUUCUGGAUGCUCUAGAGCAGUACCUAAAGGAUGAAUCGUUGGAUAAGCGGAAGAAGCCGUUCGACACCAGCGGUUUUACGAAGGAGCACAUGCGUGAUUGUCCAAGGCAAAUGAAUGGUAGCGAUUGCGGCGUGUUUAGUUGCAUGUUCGCGGAACACGAGUCGCGAAACCGUGAGAUCGGUUUCAGCCAGCAGCACAUGCCGUAUUUCCGCCAGAAGAUGAUCUUUGAAAUUUCACAGGGACGCUUGAUUACGUAGAGUCGUUGCCCGCAGAUCACGGUACUAAACGCGUAUUCCUUUCUCCUACGUUUUGUUAUAUGAGAUAGAAUAAAGGCAGGACGCUGAGUAAUCAAAUUGAUUGAAAUAAUUCUAAGCCUAAUUUAUGGAUAUUUGCUAAAAAUAUAGGAAACAGUUCGCAGCAGUAAAACAUUGUGCACCAGAUGAUCAGUAAUAUAAUCAGCUCUAUUUGUUUUUUUUUUACGAAAAGUUCUUUUCGCUGAUUCAACUGUGCAGUUUUAUUUUGAAAGUUAUUUCAUUGAAUUGUGAUUGGUUGUUGAAAAGGUAGCAAAGCAAAAAGAGCAGGAUCCUAUCACACUCAUCCUUCUUGUACAUUGAGUAAACCGAAAUAUUGAUGAACGAAAGAUGAAAAUAGUACCGAAAGCAUUACCGAUACAUAUGUAACAGUAACAGGUUGUCAGUUACAUCAUUGAGUAGCUGCACAUCUUACAAAAAG